AUGUUGUGGUCAUAUAUCUUCUCUCUUACACGUAAAUUUGCUGACUGGAGCGAACCAUAUAAUAUGUCCCAGCUGGAGGAACUAGUGCAUGAAAUCUGCAAGUUGUCUUUUACUGUUGAUAAACUAUCCAACAAGAUUAACGAAGAAAGAGAGCGAAUUAAAAAUUUUAAAGUGCGCCAACAAGAACUCAUCAAACAAAACAACGAGAUCCAACAAAGCAAUGAUCAACUCCAAGCUGACAUUGAGCGCCUAGAAAAAACAAUUUACCGUGAAAUGCAACAAACAGAACAACUGUCAAAAGCCAACGAACUUGUCGAACAGCGCAUCCAAUCGUUAAAUAAGACACUUGCAGAAAUCGACAAAGCCGGUGAAAAGAUGAGAAGUGAGAAAAACAUCCUGUUGGAGGAGUAUCGCGACCGUAUAAACAGCUACGAAAAUUACAUUCAAAAAAAUGGUAUUUUAAGAAACUUCGUCGAAAAUUGGCGAUGCCAGGUGAAACGCAAUAAAGAGUUGGUCACGUUUCCAGCGGUGAUCGUAAACCUGGCCGCACAUUUAGAAAAAUUCUAUUCUUGCAACAUAACCGGACAGUUGGAAGCUCUUGUCAGCAGCCGAGAGGCGCAAGGCGAUACUUUGUUAGAUGAUCCUGUCCACGUGGUUACGAAAAAUCAUACUCAAGUGUCACCAGCUUCAAAGACGUGUUGUCGUUACUGGCUAAAUGCUACGAGGAAUCGGAAACAAAAGAUUCCUCUGCCAAGGAACGACACUGUCAUCAACGGCACCAACGCGAAUUCAGUUAAUACCAUCAAUGAACCUACCGAUGCCACGAAUGCAGUUGAGAAUAACGGCAACCAAGCCAAUGCCCUGCCCCCAGUGACCAGUCAACCAGGCGACCGAGACCCGGUGCGAAUGAUGGUUAUCGCUCUGCCCGGACCCGGACAUACAGUCUUCAAGAGCAGAAGUUGCCCUCCUCUCGAUGUGACCAAUGAAAUUGAGGCCUUGGAUACAGUUUCAACAGUGACCGAUAACAGCGAUUUUGCGUGGAUGGACGCCAGAAAUCGUGACCUACGGUUGCGAAGACUAGCCAAUCAUUGGGUCAGGACUGUAUUAAUGGAUCCGCUUCAGCUUCCUCUUAUUUCAAAGUAUGAAUGGGAGUACAAGAACGAUAUCAAUCAAAGAAUGAGGGUGCCUGAUAAACUAUCAGUUGCAUCCUCCCUUCCGGAUCUAGGUUUUACUGACUCGACAUUGAAAGAAGUCCACUAUCCUGACCAAAGUCUCUGUAAAGCUGAGCAUCCUGAAAAUACGCCUGGUUAUAGUCCAGAUCUUCUUAUUGAUGGUGCAGCGCGAACUAUCCCUUCAACCCAAGUUACGGCAACAGCCAACGCCACAGCCUCCGCUACCAUUCAGGUUGCGCAUAGCAACAGUGGAAAUCAUCGCAGUGUGAGUGAACGACUCCGCACGGCGGAGUCGAGGCUAAGUCACCUGGAAGCCUACGUCAGUCGGCUGUCCUCCCGUCUGCGGACGAUGGAGCAACAGCAGGCGCUCCUUGGUGGAUUGAUUACUAUCUACUUCGGGCUGAGGGUCGUGCGCUUUCUGGUGGCGGCAUUGUUCAAAUCAAUGCCCUUUACAUCUACUCGUCUGCCAACAGCUCUAUCUUCGGACGAUUUAGCUAAACGUGACAAAUUCCGGAAAAGCUUGAAGCUUGCUUUCUCUCUCUUAGGGGUUAUUGCGGUAGUAAUUUUGGCCGUUGGAAUUUAUGUGUUAGUUGAUCCUGGCCGCUACAAUUAUUCUUUAGUGAUAUUUGGUUAUGUUCUAAUCUCACUGGCCAUCGCCUGCUUCAUCACAUCUGUAAUAACAGGAAAUCUCCUUCUUCGCCUUAUUCGUGCUAUUUCGGAGACAAAGGUCUAUCGGCCCAAAUCUGCUGACGCCCUGCAAGCUAAACCGUAUCCACGCCAACCCAAAGACGGAGUCAGACAUCAACGUGGUGUAGUAAGAAUCUCGGAUCAUCAGACUCGUCCUCAACCACAAGCAAAUCGUCAAGAGUUAAGACGUGAAGAUAGUGGUAACAGGGUUAUCCCUAACGCCGAAGGCAACUCAGGGCCACACCCGAUUCCAAGCGCUCCGCCAGCUGGCGUCAGCAUUGGUGCGGGGAGGAACAAUAAUAAUAAUGAGGAGGAGGAGAGGUGUGAAAAAAUGAUUCCACCACCACCAGACUUGGAAAUACCUCCACCAUUUGCGCCGCCACCGUCGUAUCCACCACCGGCAUAUGAGGACGUCGCACAGCCACUAUCAUUAGUUUGUGAGGAGCCAGAAAUCGACGCCUCCUUGGGGAACGGCGACGAGACAGUUUGUCUACCUAGCAGUAUGAAUGAUAAGAACUUGCGUGGUUGCCAAAGUGGCGUAGCCCUAGCUGGAACCAUGUCAAAAAUGUCAAUCCUUUGGACAAUCACUGCGGCUUGUCUGUACACCGAGGCAGCUGUCAUUACGCUCCUUCUGAUGCCCUUCAUUUCCUCCAGAAUAUGGAAUGCUGUUUUUAAGUCUCGCAUAGUCGGCAGGCUUUCUUCGUAUGCCUCUUUUUACUUCAAUGGAUGCUUGCUUAUUCUUGGUUUGAUGGUCUUCGAGGCUGUGAGACAAGUUAGAUAUCAAAACCAUGUCUACCAAGAACUGAAGUCCGAUCCAAGCAUCUUCAAACCUGAAACGGAGUCAGUUUAUCUCAUGAAACUCUUCAGGGCUCAACGGAAUCUCUAUAUUUCGGGAUUUUGUCUCUUCUUGUGGUUCGUCUUCAAGCGUUUGGUGACCUUGAUUGCUGAUCACGCGCGUGUCACGGCGGCAGGUGAGGCGUCGUUGGCGCAGGCUAAGUCAGCGACGGAGGCGGCACAGCGAUUGUUGACAAGCACGGACGGGGAUCGGGAUGAUACCUCAGAGGCGAGUCACUGUUAUCCUUUCCACGAAAGUGAUGCCCUUCGUGACGAAAUUGAUGCUCUAAAGGCCAAACUGGACACCGAGGUGACCGCUCGUAAAUACGCUGAGACGCAAAUGGAGGCCAUUAAAAAGCAAGCCGAACAGGUAUCAAAGGAGUACGAUCGCGUUUCUGCUGAAUGUCAACAACUUCAGAAAGAACUGGCUGCAGUGAUUGGCGAUGAUAGGGACAAGAAGAAGGAUUAG